CUUUUGUGUUUAAACUUUGACAUGAACAUACCUAUACAUAUAUUUAAUCAUGUAAUCAUACAUUGAUAUUAAUAUGGGUAAUAGAUCUUGAUUGGUCGGAGGUUGCCAUAUUAGAUUUCGCGAAAGCGCGGGUAACCUGCCGCUGCCGGUACCCAUAAUCAAGUCGCUCUGAUUUUUGCAAAUAUUUUAUUAAAUUAUUGUGUUAAAUAAGAUCGUAGGUUUCAACAUAUGUACAUACAUAUAUCAUAUAGUUUGUAGUAGUUAUGUGUGACCUAAGUUUUCGCAUGGCAAUGUUUAAAGAAAAUAUGAGUUAUAUACAUACAUGUUGUACAAGUUCAUUAAAAAAGUUUUAUUGAAUUUUUUUGAUGUUUUUAGAGUGAUGACAUGUAUUUGUCAGAGUAAUUAAAAGUGCAUCAACAUUCAUAAGUAGUUUUUCGAAAACUUUAUAUUCACUUCUAAUGAGAAUUAACGUUAAUUUCACAUGUUGAUAUAAAAAACAUAAAGAUGGAAGUAGAGGAAUCUUCAGAUCAAGCCAGUACCAACUCAAGCAAUGACAACAACUUGAAUUAUGAACGCCAAAUAUGGGUUGUUAUGAAUAAUACAUUUUUAACAAUAUUUCCAACUUUGGAUUAUGAGAAUUCUGAAGACAGUUUACAUCAACUUUUGGAAUCUUUAUUAUGUAGGUUUAAUAACUUGAAUAUAUUAGUACCUCCAUUGACAAAUAAUCCAAUACCCAAAGAUGUCCAGCGACGAUACACAGCAUUUACAACGUGGUUGUUUGGAGCUAUGUUUUACUUGAUAAGUGUUCCAGUUAGUUCUGCUUCGUUGCAAAAAAUAAUUGACAUUCAAGUAUGUAUGGUGCGAAUUUUAUCUCGUUUAAAUUGGGAAAUGCAUGAAAUCAUUACUUCUGAAUAUUUAAGUAUUCUUGAUGAAUUAGUAAGUUUUGAUAAGCAAAUAAAACAGAUCAAAGAGAUAAAAUUGAAUAAAUUUCAAGCGGAUCAAAAUGCAGCAGAUUAUUUGAACCUCACACCAUAUACAGUUACUGUUAAAUAUGAUGAUAUUUCAUUAUUUCUUACAUCAGUUUUGAAGGUAAUAGCAGAGUCAGAUGUUUCUGUAUGGCCAAAAGAUAGACUUAAAAGUCAACUCUUGGAAAUUUUAGUAUUUUCAGAGCCUAGAGUAAAAUUAGCAGCUUUAAAAAUUUGUAUUGAAAUGAUUGAUUACGGUUUGUUAAACAAUAGUGAUAUGCAAAGUUUGAUACUUUAUGCAACGGAAAUUGUUAAAUCAUUGUCUAUCUGGGAUGAAAGGGGACUUAUUCCACGUAGUAUAUGUCAGAUCCAUACAGCAACAUUUAAACAAUUAGUCAAGUUAAUAAAUGAUCCUGCACAUGCUAAUUUUUAUUUUGAAAUAAUUUCUGCACUACAAAAUCAUAUACUAAGUUCUGAAAAACUAGAGUAUGAAACAUGCAAGAAAAUUGAAAAUAAUUUGAUCAAAGUACAAAAAAGCUAUAAAGAAGAUGAAAUCAAACAAUUCUUAUCCUAUUUUGAAAACUGUCAAUAUUUUAUGAAAGUUAUUGUGUGUUUCAUUCUUCAGGAAAUAAGAAACAAUAAUGUCUCUGCUGACAUUAAUCAAGUCAGUAAAUUGUGGAUAACUAUUAAAGAUCAAUUCUACAAAUAUUUGCAAUUAGAAAAAUAUAAAAAUUUACUUCUUAUACUUCGUUUAACAAACUUGUUGGACUUACAAUUAGCAGAAAGUAAUAUUUCAAUAAAUUUAUUUGAACAUGAUAUUGCUAACAUUCAAUUUCAAUUAUUGAAAGCUCUGACCACGAAUAAUUGUGAACAGAAUAAGCUAAUUUUUGAAAAUUUUUGCCAAUUAAUUUCACUACGAGGAAUUGAUAAUAAUGAAAUUCAGAAUAUUUUACUAUUGCCUUGGCUUGAUUCAAAUGCUCUUACUACAAAUAUCACAAAAACUCAUCUUGCAAAUGCCAAAUCUUUAGAUUGUGCUACAAAAGUCAAGUGUCUCAUUGCUAUUUGUAGACAUGGCAAAGGAUAUCAACGUUUGCAUAUAAUAAAUAUGUGUAUUUCAAGUUCUGAAAUCGAAUUAGCCGUUGCUAGUAUUCUGAAUAGUCCGGUAUUACUUCUGGAUAAAAGCAUUAAAUUCAAUGACAUAGUGGAGAAAAUACUUGUACCAGCAUACAAUACGCAAAAGCCAUUGCUUCAUGAAGCACUUGCUACUGUUAUGGGACAACUGGUCUGUUUAAUUUCAGAAAAUGGAACAAUAAUUAGAGAUCCAAAUGACUUUGAAAAGUGGAUGGUAAAUUGUGAAUAUUGUCAUAAUUUACAAAACCAUACUGUACCGACUGUAAACCACACUGUAAAACCAAAAGUUGUUGCUGCAAAAUUUGAAAUCUAUUUCAAUUCUUUUUUUGAGCUUUUAAAUUCUAAUUCUAAAAAAGUCAGAUUGAAUUUGUCCAAAAACUUGAUCAGACUUUCUAAUCAUAUCAAUAAUUUUAAUAGCAAUGCUACAGCAAAGAUGUGGAUAUCAUAUGUGAAAGAUAAUGAUGAAGAAAUUCGAAAAAAUUUUGCUGAUUCAAUUGGACAUAUUCUAACUAAUCGAAUUAAUUCAUCAAUCCCAAACAAACCUUUACAAGAUAAUACAUCUGAAGAAUUAUUGGAAUUCAUAAAAACAGUAAUGGACAAUCUUGUUGCUGUUUUAAAUGAUACAUUUAACACUUCAAAUCAAUCAUUGCAUCAAACUUUGAUAUAUACAGCUAAGAAUGCGGCAUGCAUACAAUCACAUUUAACUGAAAGAAGAUGUCUCAAUAUUUUCCUGCUGACGGUUCUGCAUGCAAAAUCAUCACCUCUGGCUGUAGCGUUAGCUACAGAUGCUUACAAAGAAGUUACUAUGUAUCAUAAGGUUCCGUUAAAAACUAUGUACAUACGAUAUAAAAAGGAUUUCUUAAAAUUGAUGAUGGCAUUGGCGGUACAUAAUAGAAUUAAUUAUGACUAUAAUAUGGCAACAACUGUACAUAGAGUAGCCAAAUGUAUAGGCUUUCAAGGAUCCCGGCAACUAUUGCGUAAAGAUGGGCAUCACGCUUUAUGCUUUUUGUUACCCCAGAUAGUGAAGUCUCGGAAAGCUAUCACAUUAUUUCACGACAUCGCUGAAUUAAUAAAUGCAGAUGAAAAAGUGAUGUUUAAAAGUUAUUUUGAGCAUAUAUGCUGCCGUGUACUUUUGUUUGAAAGUACUGAAGAUGGUAUACAAAUUUUCAAACUUGUAUCUGAAAUAACAAAAUCUAGUAUACCUGUUUUAAUAGCAGACUCUUUUUCGUUGAUAAUUAGCGAAAUAAUGCUACAUUUCCACUCUCAGAAAGAAAAGGUUCUGAAUCACUUACAAUUUCUUUCAAAAUACGAUGAUCAGCAAUCAGCAAGUUUUAAGUCUCAAGGCGAAAUCGCUCAGUAUUUGAAUUCAAUGCUACAUGGUAUACUUGUUACUUUUGAUGCUAAUCUUGGUCCUAAUUCUGAAGAAACUAUGCAAAAAUAUGCCCUGGCAUCGCUUGCAGAAGUAAUGAACUUUAUGGGGCCAAAUUAUAUCACGCAAUACAAGUAUAAAAUUUUGGCGACGUUAAGAACUGCUCUUACUUUUACAAGACCAGGAUUUAGAAAUCUAGCGUGCAAUGCAUGGAGUGCUUUUAUUAGAAAUACAUCGGUCAGAGAAUUGGGUCCCCUUCUAGCGACGAUUUGUAUGUCUUUGGUUUCUUUACUAGAAUUCUAUCCCAAAGAGACUAAUGCAAUGUUGGAGUAUCUGAUAAUAAAAAAUAGAGAGCUGGUUAAGGAACACAUUUCAGAUUUGUUUUUUAUAAAAGAUCUGAAAGUAUCGCCAAAUAUAUCAACUCGAAUUAUAAAUCACAUAAAUCAAACGAAGCCAAAGACUGUAGAAGAAAAUCUAAAAUUAUGGAUCAAGCGCAUUGUGCACCAAACAGACGAAGUAAGACUCAAGGCUCUACUGUACCUGCAACAGUUUCUUGCCAAACAUCGCAACGAUAUAAACGACCUUAUUUUAUCCGACAGUACGGUUCAUCCUUUGAUUGUAGAAUUAUUAGACACAUUAAUGGCUGGUUGUCAAGAUAAGGAUGAAGCGAUCUGCAUUGCAAGUGGAGAAUGUAUUGGAGAAUUAGGCGCGAUCGAGCCCAGUCUUUUACCAAGAAGAAUUAUUUCACGAACUGAUACCAAGUUUAUAUGCGAUAUGAACGAAGAAUUUGCUGAUGGUUUAUUUCGUGAAUUAGUCAAAGACUUUCAGUCGCAAAAAAAUACCCAGAGUCUGGAUUGUUUCUCGCUGGCAAUACAAGAAAUAUUAAGAUCGUAUGAGAUUUCACCCGGUGGUAGGAAUUGCAGGCUGUGGAACGAUUUAUCGUCAAAAAUUCAACACAUGAUCUACCCGCUUUUAACGUCUCACUAUACAAUUACAACGGCCAGUGAAGUUGAAUUGCCAAGUCCCAUAUACGGGUCCGAGUCAGGGUCAACUUUUGAAACGUGGGCUUUUAAUUGGACUGUUAGUAUGUUAAAAAUUAUAAAAGACAGCAAUAUUAGUAACGUUCUCAAUGCAUGCCGGCCAGCAUUUAAACGUAGUAUAAGAAUCAUGACAUUUUGUAUUCCUUACAUUGUUGCUUACGUAGUAUCAAACGGAUCACACAGCGAUGUAAGAAAAUUAUGUACAGAAAUGUUAGCAGUAGUUGCAACAAACGAGAAGUCUCAUGUCGACCGCGAGCUCUCACGCAACCGACCGCUGCGCGUUCAAGUUGACACUGCAUCAAACAAUAACAGAGUAUCUGAUGAAGCUCGGCGGGUUCGGUGUUUACAAGUAAUUUUUUCGACCCUGGACCAUCUACAAAGAUGGCUGAGAGAAAGACGAAGAAUGCGCGACAGCCAGUAUGAACGAAUCGAAAAGUUCUGUGAUUGCUUCCCAAAAUUAGCACUUGCUCAAGGGUGUUAUCAGUCUUACGAAUAUCAUAGAGCUCUCAUUUAUCUGGAGCAACACAUGACUUCAAGUAAAAAAGGGCUGUCAGAAUCUUUGGAGGGUGGCUUACUUGCUAAAAUAUACACUCAACUUGAAGAGCCCGACGGUGUAUCCGGCAUCUUAGUCAGUCAAGAUAAGUGCCCAGACCUUCAGCAAUUAGUCUUGGCUCACGAAGUUAGCGGCCAAUUCCAGGAUGCCGCCACUUGUUACGAGAGACUUCUGCAAAAUACUGCUCCUAAACCCAAAUACCUGCAAGGUAUGAUCCAAUGCUAUCUUGGAUUAGAUCAACCGUUUACUGCUAUGAGUAUAACAAAUGGUAUUCUCAAAGACAGGCCAGAGCUUGAGACCCUCAUUUGCGACUCUGAACCUUUUUGGCAAUUGGCACACUUUGGAAAGCUUGGAAAUGACAUAAAAAAUAACGUGAAAUCAAAUUUGCUUCAAGAUUUGAAAAAUAACGUUAAACCUGAUAUGUUUGCCAUUAAAAAGAAGCUUGUCUCUCUUCUGACGGUGUCGUCGCGCCCUGGUGCCUAUGAACAGAGUUACUCUUAUAUUAUGAAAUUACACAUUGUCAACGAGUUCGAAAAAGCGUGCACAAUAAUGUUAGAAGACUUAGAAAAUUUGCCUAAAAUAUUUGAAGAGUGGGAAAAGCGGGACAAGCUGGUUAAUGCAUCGCGCGGUGCGGAAUUCGUUUUAGGUAUGCGAAGGGCUAUCUUGGACUUGGCAGUGCAACUUCAGUCAAACGUCAAUGCACAGAAUACUAUCAUAACAGAAGAAAUCGGAAAGUUGUGGUUAAAGAGUGCGAAAAUUGCCAGAAAGGCUGGAUUGUACCAGCAAGCUUACAUGUAUAUAUUAUCAGCUACCGGCACCUGUCCGCAGCAAGAUUUAUGCAUUGAACAAGCUCAGCUGUACUGGCAAAAAGGAUCUCCCGAAGAGGCUUUGAUAACGCUGAGACGUUGCUUGACGACAUUUUUCAAAAACUCGACCGAUUACAAGAAGCAGCCUCCAGGGAUUUUCACCACUGAAAGAAAGCAAUGUGCCAAGACAAAGUUACUGUGGGCCAAGUACAACGAUGAAACUUUGAACGUCGAUGCCAAUGGCAACAUGAUCAACUACAAAGAAGCGUAUGAAGUUUGGAAAAAUUGGGAAAAGAGUUGCCUUGCCAUAGCUCGAUAUUAUGAAUCGGUGAUCGAUAAAAUGUCUGAUGACGAACGAAUGUCAGUAAGCGGACGUGACAUGCAAGCACACGUGAUUAAUUACUAUGGAAAGUCCUUGCUGUAUGGCUGCAAAUAUAUUCAUCAAUCGUUGCCGAGAAUGCUGACAGUCUGGUUGAACUAUGCUUCACGAGCUAGAGCCCAUAACGUAGGCUCGGACAACGGUAUUGCAAAAACUUUAGGUCAGAUGACGAAAAUCAUAGAGGCUUACAUCGAAAGAGUGCCUAUUUUCAUGUGGCUAACAGCAUUCAGCCAACUGGCAUCUAGAAUUUGUCAUCCGAAUCGAGAAGUUCAGAAUACACUCUUCACUAUAAUUGUGAAAUUGAUCAAGGCGUAUCCGCAACAUUGUCUAUGGAUGAUGGCUUCCGUUUUUAACUCUGGAUAUUCUACGCGUCAGAAAUGCUGCAAGGAGAUACUGAACCGUGAUGCCUUAAAAACUACGGAAAUGGCAAAAUUGAUAUCGUGCUUUCACAAGUUUUGGGAAAGACUCAUUGAGCUAUCAAACAAACAUAUACCUGAUGGUGUACAAACCACAACUGUCAAUGUACUUUCAAGAUCUUUACCGAGAUUAUUAGCUGAUAAAUCAUUUGGCCCUAUUAUGAUGCCAACUACUAAAUUUAGGCAGCUUCAUCUACCUAUGAAAGGUGCUUCUAUGGAACAGCAUAAUCCUUUUGCAACUGAUUGGGUAUCUAUACAAGGUAUUGACGAACAAGUCGUUGUGAUGCCAUCACUCCAGCGUCCCCGAAGAAUUUCCUUGCGUGGAUCUGACGGAAAAUCUUAUUUGUUCAUGUGUAAACCUAAAGAUGACUUGAGGAGAGAUUUUCGUUUGAUGGAAUUUAAUGAUAUUGUUAACAAGUAUCUCCAGAAAGAUCCAGAAUCACGCCGAAGACGUCUUUAUAUUCGUACUUAUAGCGUUGUACCACUAAACGAAGAAUGUGGCUUGAUAGAGUGGGUGCCGAAUUUGAUCGGAUACAGAAAUGUUCUUAUGAAUUUAUACAAAGAGAGAAAUAUUCUAACGUCCCAAAAGGAGAUACGAACGAUGACGUGUGCACUUAAAGAUCCACUUGAAAAAAAACGGCAGGUAUUCACCGAGAAGCUUGUACCUCGUCACCCUCCAGUUCUCGGGGAUUGGUUUCAUUUGGCUUUUCCAGAUCCAUAUGGAUGGUACGAAGCUAGAACAGCUUAUAUUCGAACUACGGCUGUGAUGUCAAUGGUUGGGUACAUACUGGGAUUGGGUGAUCGACACGGCGAGAAUAUUUUACUCGAUUCCAAAUGUGGAGAUUGCGUACAUGUCGAUUUUAAUUGUUUAUUCAAUCGGGGGGAAACCUUUGAAUGGCCAGAAAGAGUGCCUUUCCGUUUAACUCACAAUAUGGUUGAAGCUAUGGGGCCAUUAAAGUAUGAAGGCCCUUUCCGCCAAUCGUGCCGUACAACAAUGAAAGUUUUACGUGAACAGGCAAGUACCCUUAUAAGUGUGUUAAAACCCUUUGUAUACGAUCCAUUAGUCACUUGGAGUAGGAAUCAGAUAAGUGACGUAGCGGAAAAAACGAACGAAAAGGCCGUUGAGCAUAUUAAAAGUAUAGAAGAGCGUCUUAAGGGCAUGGUUGGUAACAGAGGAAAGAGAUUAGAAGCUCUUAAUCUAUAUCUUAGCGUCGAGGGUCAAGUUAAUCACUUGAUUUUGGAUGCUAUUAAUGUGGAUAACCUUUGUCAAAUGUACAUAGGCUGGGGACCUUACUUAUAAAGUAAUUGUGAAUUCAGUAUUAUCUUUUUGAUAAGCCAUAAAUUAUUUUUAUAUUCAUAGUCUUUUAUACUAUAAAUGACAAUAAAAAA